AUGGCCGCCGCUGCCGAGGCCGCCCUUGUGACUUUGAGGGCUGCCUUUUGCGAUGCCGUGCAGGACCUUGGUGAUGACUGCACACUUUGGCUUCACACGAAACUGGUGCCGUCCCCCCGUGAGCUCCAAACCCGGGCGGUCGCGAAGUUUGCCCCAUCUACCCUCACUAUUUAUCUGCGUCUCUGGAGUGCCUGGGUUCUGCACUGUCGCCGCUUCGGUUUUAGCUGUUCCGACCCGGCUCCAGGGGCCGUUCCUGAUUGGCUUCACCGGAACGCCGCCCCCUCCGGACUUGCGACUUCGGCUUUCAAGUCACUUAGCUGGAUGUCGCGCAUUGCUGGGUUGCCUUCCUUGGCGGCGCAACUGCAAACUCCGUUGUGCACUGCGUUCCUCACCGCUACCAUCCCCAUUGAACGACGAGAAUCCCUGCCGUUCUCCGUCUCUUUUGUUGCCUGGCUGGAACGUCGAGUUAUGUGUCCGGACACUCCGGCCCGGGAUGCCCUGGUGAUGGGAUCCUUUGCGCUGGAACGACGGGCUGUGGUCUCCGCCCGGCCGUUUGGUGCUACUCUUCCGCCUUGCCGUGCCUCCAUGCCUUGGGGUUGUCAACUGUUCGGCCUCACCGGGGGCCCUUCUGCCUGCUGGGGCCUGUCGUGGCUUAAUCUGGUAAACCGUGCCCUGGCGGACACCCGACUCCGUUUCCCCGGCCGGUCCGUGGAUUUUCUGCUGCCGUUGCUUGCUCCGGAUACCGAAUCCUUGGUCAUGGUUUCUCCAUUGCACCGGUCGCGGGCCAUGCCCUGGCUCCGGGCAUUGUUGGACGAACAUUGGCGAGAACACAGUUCCGGCCCGCCCCCUCCGGAACAUGCCCGCUUUGGGGUGCACUCGUGCAAAGCCACCGUCCUCAGCUGGGCCCGGCAGUGUCACUUGAGUCCGGAGCUUCGCCGCCUGCAGGGCCAUCACCGGCCGUCCGCUAUGGAAGGAUCCGUCCGCGUCUAUAGCAGGGACGACCCUGUUGCUCGUGGUGCGUCCCGCCCUCUUCCUGACUUCCGGGUCUCCUUGCCCCCUCCGGACCGCCAUAUGGCAGGCGAGGCCCCUAAAGAUGUUCCCCCUCGUUCCCGCUCUCCGGUUCCUCACGCCAGGCCCAGUGCCACGGCUCCGGUCGAUGAUGUUCCGGAACUCUCGGCUGACAGUUCCGACUCUGAUGUGUCAACCGCGUCCGCCAGUGACGUUGACACCUCAGUCCCUGCAAAACCGAAGCUGGCCGUCCGGCCCAAGCGCCCGGCGGCCCACACAUCGGAUGACCUUCGGGCCUUCCUGGUAAACCCGCGCAGCAACAUUGUUCACAAAGCGGUGUCCUGCUCGUCCUGUACCCCGCAUGCUGUGAAUAUUGCACUUGAUGGACUUGAGCCCUUUUGUGCGCGCCCGGCAUGUGGUGCCUCUACUGCCCACAUGUCUGCCGACUGCUGGUUUACGACCCCUCCUGUAGAGGUUCUUCUAGUCUGGGUUCCGGCCACCAACCACAUGGCUGCCGACUACCCCGCCGCGAGUUAUUCGGCCUCUUCCCAGCAAGCGCCUGCUCCGGACGUUUGGCACACCUUCAGGGCGGCCCGUGGCCAUGACGGCGCAGUCCUGCUGCCUUCCGUCCCGGAAUUGGUGGACCUGGAAGAUCUUAGCGAUGAGGACCUGCUGGCCAUGCUCCGCCGGUGCUCGGCUGGCUUCUUGGCACGCCUGGCCCGCCUCAUCGGCAGGAUCCUCCGCCCGGUGCCGCAAGUGGUGACCUGCCACCUCCCUUGCGUGAAUCCGGAAUGCAACCAGGUGUGUGGCCGGGUCAUCGACGCUGUCACUGGACUUUGGAUUUCCCCGGCCUUGGUCCCCAUGACCUCUGCCCCCUCUUCCUUUGACGACCCCGCUGCGCUCGUCGCUCUGCUCAAGCAGUGGCACGCUCCUGAUGAGCUGCUGGAAGCGCUGACGCUUAAAGGUUUCAAGUCCCUGGCCAGCAUUGCGUAUGCCAUCCCACAGGAUGGGUCCCCGGAUGACUUUGUCCGGAAACUCUGGCCGCCGGCGGCUGGAUCUUCCGAAGCCAUUGUCUCUCCUGCUGCUGCUUUUGCACGUCGCCUGGUCGUACAAACCCAAGCGGUUGCCCACCCUCCUGCACCCCCGGCACCCAUCCCUGGCCCCAGCCUUCCUUCGGCUCCUGCGGCCAAAAUCUCUGCCGCCGCAGCUGAGACCAUGCGAGAAAAGUUCAUCACCGAUUACCCGGGGGAACUCCUGUCCCCGGCUAAUACUCCCAGCGUCGAAUUUCUGAACCGUCUCCGGUCCGAACUUGAUGCCCCAACGUCGCUCUGGAUUCCGUGGCGCUUGAGGACAUCUGAGUCGGAUCUGCAGCAUUUCUACGAAUCCCGCCGGCCCCGUUCGGAUGCACAGCUGUUGCGGGGCUUGCUUGAGGGUGUUCCGGACCCUGUGGUGGCCCAAUCCUCCGCUCCCACCUCCGGCCCGGUCGAACCUACGUUGCGCCGCCAUCUGGGCCUCCUGAUUACAGCUUUUGCCUUCCUGGGUGACCUUCACCUCCGUGCCGGGAAAAUGCUUCUUGAAGCAUUUGUGGCCGCUGCCGUGGAGCAGCCUAUCGACACUACCCUCCGCCCUCCAUCUAUGCAGGAGGUCAUUGCUGCCGAACGCACCGUGUGGUCUAACGUUGCCACCCUGAUGCGCGAUGAGAAGUGGAGCCUCCCGGACUCGGUCACCGAGAUUACUGUUACGCGGCAUAUGCUCCCGAACAUUCUUGUGGCCCGGCCGCGCAGCAUCCCGGCCACCGGGAAGAAGCCCAUUUCCGAGCUAUGGGACGAUUCAUGGCACUCCGUUGAUGAGUCCGGAAAAGAGAUAUGUGCUGAUUGCUUCGGCUCCCUCCGGAAAGCCUGGUGUGCUCGCAUUCUCUCAGGGGACUUCUUGUCCAAGUUCCAAGCCAAGUUGUCUUCCGGAUCCAAGGCCCCUCCGCUGUCGGACCCUGAACUGGCCCCGUUCCUCGAUGACCUUCGAUCCUUCCUUCGACUUUCCGCCCCGGAUUUUGACACGCUUUUGUCCAUCCCGCCGGGACAGCCUUUCCGCCUCUUUCUGUUGGAAGCGCUGUUGUCUGUUUUCAAAGAUCCGGACACCUCCUUUGUGGACUUGCUCACUGAGGGCGUCCCCCUGGGCGUUGAUUCCGAGAUGCCUUCCUGUCCGACCCUGUUUCCCCCGGCCGGACAGUCCGCUCCCACUAUGGACUUGACACAUUGCUCCUCUUCUUGGGGCUCCGCUUUGUCGGAUCAAGCAUCCGUGGAUAGCCUUCUUUCCGAAGAGAUUUCAGAAGGGUGGGUGCGUGAAAUCCCCGGUGGACUGGACGAACUUACAGCCCGUUACCAGCAGACUGCUGUUGGGAAGCUGGGCUUGGUGAAAUCCCCCGGCCGGCCGGAUCGACUGGUCGUCGAUAGCAGUGUUUCCGGUGUGACCGAACACACAUCACUUCCCAACAAGUCCGCAAAUCCGUCCAUCUCCGGUAUUCGCCAGUGCCUUCCGCCGGAGCACGCCAUAGAAUGGCUCAUCGCGUUAAUUUUGGACGUCAGCAAAGCCCACCGCCGGAUCAAAAUCCGUGACUCUGACCGUGGCCUUUUGUGUUUCUUUCACCGGAACCGGCUGUACCAAUGCUUAACGCUUAACUUUGGCGCACGCGCCUCCGGCUUCUACUGGUCCCGGAUGGCCGGCUUGCUGACCCGUCUACUUCACCGCCUGGUCUUUGUCAAACAUUGCCUGCUGAUAUAUGUUGACGACUUGAUUGCUCUGCUUUCCGGCCCGUCCGGCCCGGUUUGGGCAGCACUGAUGUGCAUCAUGUUGCUCAUUCUCCGCGUUCCGAUGAGCUGGCACAAGGCCUACUUGGGCCCCCGGCCAACGUGGAUUGGCUGGUCUAUCUGCCUCCACUCCCUUUCUGCCACCAUGGAAGCUCCUAAGCUUGACCGGCUGCGUGACCUCCUGGCCAAAAUUCGGGGGUCAGAUUCCGUCCCGCUCCAUCUUCUCCGCAAGCUCACCGGCAAGCUCCUGUGGGUCUGCUCCCUUUUUCGACCUUUCCGUCCCAGUUUAGCUCCCCUGUAUUCCGACCAGGGCAAGCCUCCUGUCGUACAUGUUGCUCUGAGUCCGGCGAAAUGGGCUUCGUUCCGUUCCAAGCUUGACUCACACCUGGUUCUGCAGUCUGACGUGGGUCUCGCAUCCUGUCCGAAGUUAUGCACACUGAUUUCUGUCUCGGGUCGUGAGGUAUCCUCACUUUCCCAAGUCCCGGUGUCCUUCCCUGGCGAACGCCGCACCUGGAUUUCCGUGCGCAUGCCACCUGAAUCCGACCGGAAGCUUUCCAAGGAAUCCUUGGCGGUGCUGGACAUGUGGCACGCCUGCCUCGCCGAUGCUCCCCCUACGUUCCCGCUGCCCCUGGCUCGUGAAUUCCCCUGCCAGGCGUUCGCGGACGCCUGCGCCGAUGCCCAGCAUGCCGGCAUCGGUGGUUUCGUCACGCUUCCUUCCGGCAAGACUGCCUGGUUUCAACACCGGUUCUCCGCUUCGGAGCUCACUGCCCUAUUCCCCUGGUUCCCGGUUGGCACUUCUCCGCAAGCCUGCAUUGCUGCUUGGGAACUUCUCGGACAGAUCGCUCUCCUUUGGGUGAUUGGCCUCCUGAUUCCGGUUUCCCUUCACCCCAUCCACGUUGUCACCCGCUGUGAUAAUUCCCCUUCCGACUCUGCUUCGUGGAAAGGACUCUCCACUGCCCGGGGAAUUUGCUCUCUCCUUCCGGCCUAUUUUGCCUGGCAGCGUGCAUUCUGCAUCUCCACUUAUAUUGACCAUGUUCCGGGUUUCCAGAACACUGUUGCCGAUGGUCUUAGCCGAGGUGCUGACCCGACCACCUUUGGACUCCGACCUGGUGACCGGGUGGAUAUUCCGUGGGCUCUCAUCUCUCUACCUCCUCGGCCUUCAUACCAUCCGUCGAGUGCCCUGAACCUGUACAACUGCACCCUGGGCCGCCCGCUGCACCAUUCCCAGAGGCUCUCCGAGGAGUCUCGGGCUUUCGUGAGCGAGGUGUUGCAGCCGCUGCUAGAAGCUCCUGGGCGAGCCCAAGGAGUCUGGAAGGUUUGUCUUCACUCGGCGUGGUUAGAGCAAAACAUGCGAGACUGGGAUGGUGCGCAAGGUGGUCACAUUACAGGGGCAUCCAACGGCUACAAGGUGUCCAUGGACGACGACGCGCGUGUCAUUGAAGAGAACGUCCCCCGCAUGGGCCGCGAACUUUUGAAGGGUCUUCAAGUUCUGCAUAUUCAGAAUCUGGUCUGUGCCAUCGCCGGACAUGGUGCUUGGAAGGCUUCGACUUCGAUCGAUGACUUGAUUCAGCAUUACGGCGCAGAAAAUCGGGUGAGCACUAAGGACCUGGAGGCGAUUGUCUUCGGUGGCGGGCUGCAAGGUGAAGAGGCAGAUACUGGCCAGCCUGACAACGAGAACAAGGAAGCACUUCCAUCAGCGGCGUGGUCGGAUCCAGAUGACGCGGUGUUGCAAGUCCCCCUGGUUGGUGACCGACACAAGAAAAGACUUCGGCAAGCCGAUUCACAGGUGACGGGUCAGGAGUACGAACGACUUCUGCGCAAAAGGUUCUUGAAGCUGAAUGGAUCUGCGCACUGGGCGGAAUUGGACCCUUCCGAGGCCCAAGCUUCGGACUCGGAGGAGGACGUUGGAGAAGUCGCAAGCACACGAAACCCUGUGGUAGCAUCCGCAGGUUUACAAGCUCGGACGCUGGACAUCAAGCGCUUGCGUGAGCUGCCUCUUCUGGCUGCUGGCCAGAAGAAAGCCCCGAGUGCAGUGGAGGCUCUUCAGUUUCAUCCAACAUCUGAGCUGCUGUUGACUGCGGGCCGCGAUAAGACGUUGCGGCUCUUUGCCGUCGAUGGGGAGGAGAAUCCCAAGGUGGCAUCGUACUACUUCAAGAACUAUCCCAUCCUUGAUGCGAAGUUCACACCGGCAGGAGAUCAGGUUCUGAUGACCAGCUCCUCCAGUCAAAUCUGGGGUCUGGACGUCAGCAGCGGGGAGCCUUUCGAAAUGCGCAGUCCCCACCGCAGUGCUCCGCGUUGUUUGGCCAUGGGCCCGGGGUCGACGAAUGAGAAGUCUUCACAUAUGUACGGGUUCCUCGGUGACGCUGGAGCCAUAAGCCUUUGUGACGUCAAGACAAAGCACACCAUUAGGACCUUCCGGAUGAGCUCUUCCGGGAUCGCACUCGUUUUUGCACCUCAUCAGGCCUGCUUAUAUUCGGCAGACGAAGAGUGCAACAUUUACGAAUGGGACAUUACUUCGGGACGGUGCCGGCAGAAGGUCAAGGAACAGUGGACCGUUCGCAUUCAGCACUUGGCGGUGAGUGCUGCUGACAAGCCGAAGCUUGCUGUCGGCAGCGCGACUGGCAACAUUGAUUUCUUUGAGCUUGGCGCAAGCUUAUCAAGAGAGCCCGACCACAGCAUCGGAAAUCUGACAACAAGAAUCGAUGCGCUCAGGUUCAACGCCGAUGGCCAAAUCCUCGCUGCAGCUUCGCGUCUCAAACCCGGAGCGCUGAAGCUGGUGCACACUGGCACCAUGACAGUGUUUCAGAACUGGCCGACGCCAAGAACCCCGCUGCACCGAGUGUCUGCGUUGGAUUUUUCGUCCGACGGUGGUAUGCUGGCCGUUGGCAAUGAAGCUGGUCGGGUGCUGCUCUUCAGGCUACGGAGCUACAUGCAGCCGAAAUAG